UUCGAAAUUUUGAAAAUGAUUCGAAUCGUUCUUUUGUUUCUUCUGAUCGCACUCGCGCUGUCAGCCAGAGAACCGCGCCAAAUAACUUUAGCCAACCAAGGGACGAUAGCGGGCAUGUACCUCACAAGAUUCAGGACUAAAAGGAUAGCUGCGUACGUAGGGAUACCCUAUGCCCAGCCUCCUAUAGAUUUCAGAAGAUUCACGGCCCCAGAAUACACAGAUUUGCCACAGUGGGAGGGGAUCAAAAACGCAACGAUAUACGCGCCGGAUUGUAUGCAAAGUGAGCCCAAGAGGGAAGAUGUGCUCAUUCCUUGGCAUAAACACGACGAGUUGUUUUCGAAGCUUCUGGAUGCGCAGUUGGCGGAGCCGAGGAAGAAGGAAAUAUCGGAGGAUUGUUUGUACUUGAACGUGUACGUCCCGGACGACUUCAAGGUGGAGGGGUACCCGACGAUGGUUUACUUCCAUGGCGGUGACUUCGUGCGCGGGAGUCCUCAAAGCAUCAAUCCGUUCCAACUGGUGCUAAAACAAAAGGUGAUCUUCGUAACAGUAGCCUACAGGUUGAACAUAUUUGGCUUCUUCUCAACCCUAGACAACGAGGCGCCAGGAAACUUUGGUCUUUUAGACCAAGCAGCUGCAUUACAAUGGGUCCAGAACAACAUUGAGAGUUUUGGCGGAGAUCCAAACAACAUCUGCAUAUUUGGCCAUGACGCUGGUGCAGUUAGUGUUGGUCUCCAUCUUGUAUCAUCUUAUUCUGCAGGACUCUACCAAAAAGUCAUAGCUAUGAGUGGCAACGUCCUCUCACCAGAAACUGUCAACAUAGCAAGAAAAGAACUUGUGACGGUAGAUAAAGUAGCUAGUGCUUUCAGUUGCUUCCGAAAACCCACUCACCAACUGCUCGAAUGUUUGAGAAGAGUCAACAGCCAAGCUCUUUUGGAUUUAGGCGAACCACUAGCAGAAUGGAAGCCUAUCGUUGAUGCUGGAUUCAGUAACACAUCCUCACCGUUUCUGCCAGAACUACCAAGUAAACUCUUCAAGGAUAAAAUCUUCUCCGCUGUACCGGUUCUAACUGGUUACACGAACAUGGAAGAUGCUCUUCUGCUGCACAACGAAGGUGAUGAAUCUGGUAUUAGUCAGCGAGAAUAUGAUAUUAUGAGAGAAGAAGUGGUCCUUUCUGAUAUAACAGUAGAUAACAGUUCUUGCUUCACAAACCAACAUCACAUACAAGAUGCAGUCGCGUUCUUCUACAAACCGAUACCGCCUACUUCAAAUGAAACUAUUUUGCGAAAGCUCUUUUUGGAUUUUUACACAGAUAAAGUGCACGGUGCCACUACUUACCAACUGGCUAAGCACCUGUGCGAGCAAGCUCCAGUAUAUUUGUACAGAUUUGAUUUGAAGCCUUUCUCGGAUAUAGCAAAUGAAGGAAUUCCAGAGUGGAUAGGGGUGCCGCAUAAUUUUGAUCAGAUAUUUGUUUUCGGACUUCCACACCUAGCUUUGCCGAAAGAUUUAGACAAAUGGGACUACCGAGAUAAAAGCAUAUCAGAAAUCAUCAUGAAAAUGUGGUCCAAUUUCGCCUGGUACUCGAACCCUACGAAUUCUGGGGUCAUUAUUGAUUGGGAGCCGUUCGAAAUAGAGAAACCUGGCUACUUAAUAAUUGAUCGGCAAAAUUUCACAAUGAGCACUUCAGAGACGAUUAAUUAUAAAGCGUUCGAGUUUUGGACAGAUUUCUACCCAAAAGUUGUGGAAAUUGGAACGAAAUGUUGUAAAGAAGUUGCGGACGACUCCGGCACAGAUUCCAUUAUCACGAGACGAGUCGUUAAUAGUUUAAUAACUUUACAUCUUAUUUUAGUUGUGUUGUCAGUGAUUACUAAAAAAGUCAAAACGAUUUUGAUUAUUGAAACAAAAGCUGUGUACACCUACUUAUUCUCCAUUAUAGUCAGAAUGUCGUGUCAUAAAAUAUUGAUACUGGCGGUGUCAUUGACCUUGGUUUCGGGGCAACGACCCUCGUUCGCUGGAAGCAGGCCCAUUGGCUUCCCCGAAGUUGAGAAGACCACCACCGAAGGAUUGGGGAACAGAUUUGGUGAGGAUGACGUCUCAACAACAACUAUACGGCUGCCCAUAGAAGCGAACGGCGACAGAGACCUGGUAGACCGCCUCAGCAAACUCCCGGUAGACCAGCAACCGUUCUGGUUCAUCAACUGGCAAGCCUACGAAGCCCAUCGGCAGAAACCGCAGACAUUCCCCCAGAAACCAAACGUCUUCGUUGACCCUUUGAGCAACCAGCAACCAACUCAACAACAGAACUUUAAUCAGCAGACGACCGGUUUCACCCAACAGGCAACCAGUUUCAGUCAAGCCCCAACUAAUUUUAACCGACCCCCUACCAAUGUGAACCAGGUCCCAGUGAGUUCAAACCAAGCCAAUUCUGUUCUCGUCAACCGGUUCUCUGACAAUGAUUUGGUUAGUGAACCAGUUACCGUAAGAACGCCCAAUACUUUGGAAGACCUUUACAAUUCUGGAAGGAUAAUAGCCGUGACAAAUGCAGAUGGAACGACUUCAUGGCAAAUCGUGGACAAGAAUGUAGUUGCUGCGUUAAAUAGGAUUAAAAAUAAACAGCAAUUGUUGUAAAUAAAACAGAGUAUGAGUUUGGGAGGUGAGGGGAUUCUGACUUAACAACACAAAGAACACAAAAUGUAGCUAAAUCAAUGGAAUUUUGUAAAGAAAUCUGCAAAAAUGACUAUAAAGAAUCCCAAUUUUGAUUAGUUAAGUUGCACUCCCAAUGCAAAUCUUGCCUAAAUUAAUCAGUUAUUUAUUGUAAAAUGAAAAUAAAAAUACAAUUUUGAAAGUAAUAAACCGUUAUAUUGACUUUUUAAAUAAAUAAAACUUAAUUACUAAGCGUAUUCUUACAAUUAAGCCCUUAUAAAAGGUAUAAAUUAAAAAUAGCGAAAUGCAGUAGUUUUAACAAUGACUCAAAACACUUCGUUUGUUGAUGAAUAAUUUUCUGUUUUUACAACUACACACAACGCUGGAGAAUUAAUAAAAAUAAUUGCAAAUUAUAUUACGUAUUUUACAUUUAUUCUACAAAAAUAGUAAACUGUAGUUGUAGAAACAGACUAAAACCGUGGAGCCUAUUAAGCACAGCCCUAUUUUGUUUAUCUAUAUUAUUAUGAGACAGAUAUAGUACCAACAUGAAAGAAAAUACAUUAUUAAUAAAUACAA